GCCGGCGGAGGGGGCGGCGCGGGCCCGGGGGCGCCGCGCGGAGCCGCAGCCGGAGCCGCCGCCGCCCCCCGAGCGCAGCAUGGUGAUGGCCGAGCCCCGGCGGCCCCCGGCGCUGCUGCCCCGCGGGCUCGGGCCCGUCCGCGUCGGCUUCUACGACAUCGAGGGCACGCUGGGCAAGGGCAACUUCGCCGUGGUGAAGCUGGCGCGGCACCGCAUCACCCGCAGCGAGGUGGCAAUAAAAAUCAUUGACAAAUCUCAGCUGGAUGCUGUGAAUCUGGAGAAAAUCUACAGGGAGGUGCAAAUAAUGAAGAUGCUGGACCACCCACACAUCAUCAAACUCUACCAGGUGAUGGAGACCAAAAGCAUGCUGUACCUCGUGACAGAAUUUGCCAAAAAUGGGGAGAUUUUUGAUUACCUGGCCAGCCACGGGCGCCUGAGCGAGGCGGAGGCGCGGCGGAAGUUCUGGCAGAUCCUGUCGGCAGUGGAAUAUUGCCAUGGCAGGAAAGUCGUGCACAGGGACCUGAAAGCUGAGAACCUGCUGCUGGACACCAACAUGAACAUCAAAAUAGCAGAUUUUGGCUUUGGGAAUUUCUACAAGAGCGGGGAGCCUCUGAGGACGUGGUGUGGGAGCCCCCCCUACGCAGCCCCCGAGGUGUUUGAGGGGCAGCAGUACGAGGGACCCCAGCUGGACAUCUGGAGCAUGGGGGUGGUGCUCUAUGUCCUGGUGUGUGGAGCUCUGCCCUUUGAUGGACCCACCCUGCCCAUCCUGAGGCAGAGAGUGCUGGAGGGAAGGUUCAGGAUCCCUUAUUUCAUGUCAGAAGAGUGCGAGCACCUGAUCAGGAGGAUGUUGGUCCUGGACCCAUCCAAACGUUUGAGCAUUGCUCAGAUCAAGGAGCACAAGUGGAUGCUGGUGGAGGUUCCUGCCCAGAGGCCAGUCCUGUACCCAGCAGGGCAGGAGAACCAGCCCUCCCUGGGGGAGUACAACGAGCAGGUGCUCAGGCUGAUGCACAGCCUGGGCAUUGACCAGCAGAAAACCCUGGAGUCCCUGCAGAACAAGAGCUACAACCACUUUGCUGCCAUCUAUUACCUGCUGGUGGAGAGGCUGAAGUCGCACCGGAGCAGUUUCCCCGUGGAGCAGCGCGUGGACGCGCGGCAGCGCCGGCCCAGCACCAUCGCCGAGCAGAGCCUGGCCAAGGCACAAGCUGUGGUGCCCUCGGUGAACCUGCAUUCCCAAAAUCCCAGGUUGCUGCAGUCCCCAGGGCUCCCCUCAGCCUCAGCAGCUGAAACCUUUUCCUUCCCCCCCUCCAGCUGCCAGGGAGAAGCAGCUUUCAUGGAGGAGGAAAGGGUUGAGACACCAAAGGUGAAGGGCUGCCUGCUGGAGCCCCUGCCCCCCGUGCUGCUGAGGAAGGGGUGCCAGUCGCUGCCCUCCAGCAGGAUGGAAACCUCCAUGGACCACGGCAGCAUCGAGGCCCAGGGAGAGGCAGAGGAGGAUCCAGCCCAGGCCUUUGCUGCCCUGCAGGCAGCUCGAGGGGGCAAGAGGAGGCACACCCUGGCUGAGGUCACCAACCAGCUGCUGAUGCUGCCAGGCACAGGGAAGGUCUAUUCCUUGGAUGAGAACUCCUCCCUGGGCAGCAUCGACUCCGAGUUCGACGCGGGCUCCGUCCAGAGGGACCUGAAAUUCCUGGGGGAGGCUCCUUCCCUGAAGGAGAUGGUGCUGAGCAGCCAGCAGCCCCCACGGGUGGCAUCUCCUUUCCUGGGGCUCAGACCUGCCAACCCAGCCAUGCAAGCCCUGAGCUGCCAAAAACGGGAGGCUCACAACCGCUCCCCCGUCAGCUUCCGCGAGGGGCGCCGGGCCUCCGACACCUCCCUGACCCAAGGAAUUGUAGCAUUUAGGCAGCACCUCCAGAACCUGGCACGAACCAAAGGAAUCCUGGAGCUGAACAAAGUGCAGCUGCUCUAUGAACAGAUGGGAUCAGAGGAAGAGCCUUCUCUGACAUCAGCUGCCACCCAGCUGCAGGACCUCAUUCACAGCCCUGCUCAGGAGGAGGGUUCCCAGCAGCAGCAGCAGCAGCAGCAGCAGCAGCAGCAGCAGGGCACUCACCCCCCGCUGGUGUCCCGAAGGCAGAGCUUGGAGACUCAGUACCUGAAACACCGGCUGCAGAAGCCCACUCUGCUCUCCAAAGCUCAGAACACCUGCCAGCUCUACUGCAAAGAGGCACCCCGGAGUCUGGAGCAGCAGCUGCAGGAGCACAGGCUGCACCAGAAGAGGCUGUUCCUGCAGAAGCAGUCCCAGCUGCAAGCCUACUUUAACCAGAUGCAGAUAGCUGAGAGCUCAUUCCCCAGGGCCAGCCCUCUGCCCCUGCCCUGCCCCGAGGAGCUGCAGCCCCAGCAGCAGCAGCAGCAGCAGCAGCAGCAGCAGCAGCAGCAGCAGCAGCCAGCCCAGUUCAGCCUGCAGCAGCCCCUCAGCCCCGUGCUGGAGCCCUCCCCAGGGCAGGUGCACUUUGAGCCUUUCCUCAGGCAGUUCCCCAAGGUGCAGCUGGAGCCCCCCAGCCCGUCCAGGCUGUCCCCCCCCAGCCAGGGCCAGGGGCAGCCAGCACAGUUCCCAUUCCAGACUGGGGAGCUGCCCUGUGCCCAGCAGUGCCAGCUGCCUGCAGCAGAGAGCCAGAGCAGCUCAGCAGAGGCACAGCCCAGCUACGACCCCCUGGCCCUGCCAGAGCUGCCAGGACUCUUUGAUUGUGAGAUGAUGGAGGCUGUGGAUCCCCAGCACGGUGGCUACGUCCUGGUCAAUUAACAAAUCAGCACCCAGGAAGGACAAAUGGAGCAGCAUGUGAAUUUUUGGUUGGUUUUUUGGUUGUUUUUUUUUUUUGUUUUUUCUAUUCUCACCCCUUGGGAAUUCAUGGUAAUUUUUCGACCCUUGAAUUGAGAGGGGAACUAAAAAUUCACCUGGCUGGAAGAAAAGAGAAAAAAACAUAAGGAGGAGGUGUUUGGUCCCUGUGGCCUGGGCUGGAGAACAGGGAGUGCAGCUGCAUCCCACAAAGGAGGCAAAAAAGGUGAAUUUCAGAGGAAGGAAAUGGCCCCUUCUGAAAAAAUUCAGCAUCCAUCCAACACCCACUGGGAGAGAGCAGAGUGAGUGCACACUGCUCCUACUCCCUGGCAAUAAAAGCAAUAGUUUCCAUUGAAAUUCAGGCUGGAUUUGGGUCUGCACUGAUGGCAGCUGAAAUCCUCUGGAGGAGCACGAGGUGGAAUUUGCACUUUGCUGGAGCUGCUGGUCUGGAACUGCUCCUGAGCAUCUCCACUUGCUCCUGCUGGCACCUGAACAGGAUUUCCCAACCUGCCAAGGAGCUCCUCACUGUCUGCAGGAGGAAUCUGCAGCAAGGGGCAGCUUGGCUUUGUCAGAAGAAAACUGUGUGGAGAGACCUCUGGGUGGGGAUGUGGAGGAUCAAGGAUGAGCCAACAGAGACAGAAGGUAAGAGAGCCAUGAGAGAAAGAGCAAGAGCUGCAGGAAAUGGGAUUAAAAAAAAAAAAAAAUCCACCUGUGUGGCUUUUAAAAUCACCCCCCUUUUGCAGGAGGGCUCUGUCCUGGAGAAGUUCUGCUCAUUGGAAAGGAUCCACCUGUCCCUGGGUUGCAUUUUAAAAAAAACAAACAAGCAAACAAAACUGUGUUUUGAAUUUGCAGUAUGUGUCGCUGGUGGUUUCUUGAGCUUUGUAUAUUUGGACAAUUAUUUAGGGUUUUAGAAGACUUUAAGGAUAAAGAAAACAAUGAGCUUAUAAAAAGUUAAAAAAACACCCCUGUGAAGUGAUAGUGCUGUGCCUUUUUCAGUUCUUUAUCAGCCUAUAUGCUUUUUUCUGAAGAAAGUAGACAAUACCCCAUUGAUAUCCCUGCUGUGGCCAAAGUCCCUUCAGAGCACAGGUCCCACCAUGUGGGACAUGUUUAACUUGCUCAGUGUCUGUGGGACACUGAAAGUAUCACAGCAAUACUUCAGCAUCAAUCUGUUGAUGUGUCAAGCAUUUCAGAUUUUCCCAGGUCAGAGGAGGGGGUGGCUCAGGGAGCUGCAGGAAGCUGAGACCCCAGUCUGGGGCUGUCUCUGGCCAGCCCAGCCCUUUCCUGAGCUGCCUUGAAGCACAAUUGCAGCUCCAGCAAAGCACAAGGAGCAGAGGAGCUGUGCUGCUCACCCCCAGGUUGAAUCUUUGACCCUGCACAUCCCAAGGGGGGAGGGAGGGAUAAUCAGCAUUUACAGCAAUAAGAGCACAUUAAAACCUGGAGCAGGAGGAGCUCAGCCACUGUGUGAGGCUGACAGGAGGCACCUGGUCCCUGUGUGCUCAGGGAGACACAGUUCCUGCUCUCUGGAGCCACUGCCAUCCUCAAGGAGAGUUCCAGGGAUCACAGGGAGAGGAGAGAAAAGGGUUUUGUUGUGUGGCUCCCCUCCCAGAGGAAAUCUGACACGGUGGAACACACAAACCCAGCUGGAGCCUGGCAGGAAGUGCAGCAGAACAGGGCAAGGAUGGAACAGAGUCCUGUGCCCUCCCUCCCCUGCCCCACAGAAUGUCCCUCUGGAAGCUCCCAGGGCAGCCAGGAGCUGCUCACUGCCACAGCAACCACCCCAUCAGCUCCAGGCUCUGCACUUUCAGGACUCAACAGAUAAAACAAUUCCCUCCUGGAGUCCUGCAGCUCGUUUUUCAGGAUGUGCCAACCAGGCUGGGCUUUGCAGGGCUGGGCAGGGGGAAGCUGCAGGAUUUUUUAAUGUAGUUUAGACUGACUCCUUCCCCUCAGCCAAAAGCAUAUUUAACAUUUCAUCUAAUUUCCUUUAAGCCAAUUAGGACUAAAAGGCUUUUCUGAAGCCUCCUCAUCCAGGGAGGAUCCAUUGGGCACCACUUCCCUCUCCUUUGAAGUGGCUUUUUUGUUCCAGUCUGUUCUGUUCUGCCAUUAGAGAACUGUGUACACUACUGUUAGAGUAAUUAUUAGCUUUAUUAUCUCCUACUACAGCCUCCUUUGAAGAGACUUUGGUGUGAUGUACAUGGGGUACAAAUUUCAUACGGAGAAAAGUGCAAUAUGUGUGUGUGUGGUCUGUUCUUUAAUGUAUUUUUUUAAGGAUUUAGAGGGUUUAGUCUCUGCUUUUGGGAUAAAUGCACUAGUUUUGUCAGCUCCAGUUUGGCAAGUUGAUCUGUAGUAUUUACAUGCAACUGAUCUGCUGGACUCUGUAAAGCAGUUACAGUGUAUUAAUACAAAAUAAAGAAUAUGUGCAUUUCAUUUUUUAAAUUUCUAGUGAGCUGAA